AUGAUAACACGGAGAUUUAGACUAACGAGCGUAAAGGGGCUGCUAAGUUUAUGCACACGUAAUACCAUCAGAUUGCAAAGGCCAUUUGGCAUCUCAAAUCGUGCGCACGAAUCGUUAGAGAAUGAUGUCCCCUGGUACUUGAGAAAAGAGAAUACAUCAUCACCAUCAGCGGUUCUUGAACAAACGGUGGAGCCAGAACUUGCAAACAUCCCCGAAAAUCUCCCCGCCCAGGUUAACGAUCUUUUGAAAGUUAUAAUCGGCCAAUACGGCAUGACCGAUCUCGAAGUGUUUGACUUGUCCACGCUCCCUGCAGACCACCCGAGGAGUUUAGAAAGGCAAAACGACGAACAAUACGUUAUUAUUGUGUCUGGGAAAUCCGAAAAACACAUCUUCAAAGCUUCUUACGACUUGAAGCAGCACGCUAAGCAUAAACUAGGCUGUCAAUGCUGGGUGGAAGGCAUGGUAAACAACGCGGUGCGUCCUGUUGAGCGGAGGCGUCUAGCCAAGCGAGCUAGACAGGGCCCGCCUGCAACGCAUAAUACUUUUGGCAUUGGCGCCAAUACCUGGGUCAGAUGCGGCUUGGGAGCCGAGGGGAUAGUUGUGCAUAUGAUGAGCGCCGAAAGGAGAGCAGAACUCAAUUUGGAACUGUUUUAUCAGGACAAAGAAGAGCAAGUCCCAAAAGGAGAGGAGGAGGAAGCUGCGGCACAGGAAAACAAAACAGGCAGAGAAGGCAGCAGCGGCAACCACUUGGACAAGGAGAGUAUCUUUUUCGGUUUGAAAAGACUGUUCCACACUUGCACUCAGAGUCAAAACGCCGCGUUGUUGAACUCGAUACUCGAGCAGACUUUAAGUGGAACCGAGACUGAUGAUUUUGUUGAACAACGGUUGCGAUUUGACGAGGUUUUCCAAGGCACUACCAUUGAAGAGCAUAAUGCAAAGUUUGAAUUCUACAAAGCGUUGCACUUACUAGGCACUGGCACUAGUUUCGCAGACGUGGAGAAGGCAUUGUUGGACAAGCACUCCUCACUCGCACUUCUAGCCGAGCCAGUCGACUGGAACCAAGAAGUGCUCGAUGACGUGAUCAAGUACAUGCAAUUGCUCAUCGACACCAAGACUGGCUUGAGCUCCUCGGACAAGCUCGACAAAUUGUCGAGUCUAAUACACAGGAUCACCAUCUUCUCCAGCGACGAUAUCGCCUUUUUCUCGGUGGAUAAGUUUCAGACCCUAUUGUGGCACUUGACAUUGGAGGACUACCCAGCUUUAGAUGUGUCGUAUGUCAAUUCAGUGAUUGAGUCGCAGGGCAAAAGCUUAAAAAUAGAUGGAGCUUCCACUGCUCAAAACUAUCAAGGUGCUCGUGACGUGAGGGACCUUAUUCGUCAUGUAAAUCAUGCCAAGGAGGGGCAUGUGCCGGUCUGGUUGAGACAGCAGAUGCUACAGACCUACGCUCAGACAAAGAACUGGGAAUAUUUUUGGCAAGAGAUGAAUGCAAUCUUGCAGUCCCUCACCACCCCACAAGAGUUUGUGCACUUUUACUUGCGGGUGAUCAUCUUGCUCGCUUCCAUGAACGAUUAUUUGGCGCUACGAGAAUUCUUUGGCAAGUACUGGAACAACCCAGACGAGCACAGCAAUUCUUUUGUCCCGAUGUGGAACAAGAACAACCAAGCUUUUGGCGACAAUGAUGUAAAAUUGGCGUUGAAAGAGACUUUGAUGCGGAUUCAGCAUGGCCAUGGCCAGUAUAAAUGGUAUGACGAAGUAUAUAAGUUUGCGUUAGACAUGUAA